AUGGACUCGACUGCAUUCCCACACAUCCUCGAGAAGAUCAUCGAGGAAUUCUACUUGGCCUCGACGCUGCUCGCCCUCCGCGCGACGUCGCGGCACUGCCAAGCCCUGGUCGACGACAGGCUGUUCGAGCACGCCGUCAUGCGCACCGAGAAGUAUCGGCCCAGGCCGCCCAAGUCGAAGGGGCUGCGCGGCCUGCUGGCGGUCAAGCUGCGCAAGAGAGCCCGGUACACGCUGUCGCUGCCCCCCUCGUCGCCGAUACGGCAGGACGUGCCGCAGCUACCCCUCGUCCCGCAGCUCGUCCAAGUGCUUGACCUUGACGGGCCGUUCUUGAUCGAAGGCCAGACCGCAUACCAUGUAUGCGAAGGCUACACGAGCUACAUGAGGGGCGAAGUCCUCCCCACCCUCGGCUGGGAGAGCGCAAGCCGCCUACGAAAGCUACACCCGCUUUUCCCGCUCAUACUCCGCCGUAUGGGCCCCUUCGUCGCCGAGGAAUUCCGCAGCGUACACUGCUCGGCUGUCGACUAUGUCGCGCUCGGCAACGCAGACGUCAACAUACGACUACCCACCAGCGUCGACGAGUACAUCCUACACCUGCAGUGGGCUGCGUCUGGCCCCGAUGCGCCGUCCGAGAUCUUCUUCAUCCCCGAGACGGAUUGGUACUUCGGUGAUAGCUACCCGCACAACAUCCACGCUGCGUGGCUCGUGUUCUCCAUUGCGGCGAACUGUGCCCCGCCCACACGCGCCAAGGUGCAAGCCAUGUUCGUCCGCUUUGCGGCAAAGUUCAUGACCAUCCCCGUGCCCUUCAAAGACCAUGGCGAGGAGGACGACAUGGUGCCCCUCGGUGUCGUCGGGCUCGAGUCCUUGCUCCCCGGUGUCGAUCCGCUCGAGUUCCACAACGCCGCCAAGUUGCCUGCCAUUGCAGAAAGCGUUAUAGGCCAGGACGUUCAGUGGUCGCGCGAUAACCUCGCGAGCAUGGACCAAGCCUACGAUAAUAUCUCGUUCAUGUCGCUCCAGGACUGGUUGGAGGCACAGGGCCACAGGAAGGAGAUUGUAGGGGUGUGGCCGACGUGGACGUAG